AUGUCGUUUGUGGUAGCCAUCCUCGCCAUCGCAGCGUUUAGCUCAGGCGGCAUUGAUGAGGACGACCCACUGUACGACGGCGGUCCGGACGUCGGCGGCGGUGGUGGCGGCGGCGGCGGUGACAGCCCCCCAUACGACCAGGACGACGACUACAAAAAGUACGACGACAACAACGACGACUACAACAACGACGACUACAACAACAACGACAACAACAACGACGACUACAACAACUACAACAACGACGUCGACGACAACAACGACGUCGACGACGACGACGCCGCGCCCGCUGCCGAAAUGCCAAUUUCACCGGUGAAACCAAAGCCGAGCACCUCUCAGCACCGGGAGCUUCUGUGCACGGUGGGCGACUCGGCCGUCGUGGACAGCUCGUAUCCUCCCGACAAGCUGUGCCAGUACCUGUACUACACCAACGUGGUCAUUAUGGCGAACACGUUGCACGGUGCCAGAGUGAACAGUAGUUGGGAAAGGUUCCAGCACAAGGUGAAAGGCUACAAGACGAUCAAGCCGGGAGCCUCCUUCGACCACCGGUACAUCACGGCAAGCUUGAUAAAAUCGGCUGCCCCGGCUUUGAACUCGCUGAAGACGAGUGGCAACAUUGGCAACUUCGGCGUGCUUAAUCUCAUCACGACACCCGUUGAACUUCCACUUGCAGUGCAAGCAAUGAAGGAAGUUAUACAGGUGGGUGUUCGAGCUGUAUAGCCGUGCAAAGUGACUUCCGUCACGUCCGGCCUGCAUAUUCCGU